AUGGCUGGCCACAGUAUGCCAUACACUUUGGAUAUGGUGCGAUCUUCCCUACAUUUUCAGCUGAAAACGUCUUAUCGACUUUUCUUCCCACUCGGUGCCUUUCUGAUGCUACCGAUGUUCGGACCUACGCUACAUGCAGUGAGCAGCAGCACUGAUGUUGAAUACAAAGCAAAGGUGGGCACUAUUUCAAGGAAUGCUGACUUGCGGGCACAAUAA